UUGCGGGUGGUGACGGGCCGGGCCGGGCCAGGCCAGGCCAGGCCAGAGAUGGAGGUGAUCAGAAACAGUGAAUUUUAAGGAUAACCUGAGCAAAGUCUGUGAAGCAAUCGAAGAGGCGGACUUCCUGGCUAUUGAUGGGGAAUUUUCAGGGAUCAGCGAUGGGCCUUCUGUUAGUGCAUUAACCAAUGGCUUUGACACUCCAGAAGAAAGGUAUCAGAAACUUAAAAAGAGACAACUUGGAGACAGGAAAAGCUAUGUUAAGACCACAGGAGAUCUGCAGUCCUCCCUCUGGCAUGUGUUUGUAAAGGCAGACAAAGUCCAAAAUGUGAACAUCUGUGGGUACCAUUAUGCAACAUUCCAUGGAUUUUUUGCUCUUUCAGUUUGGCCUUUGCACUUUUAAAUAUGACCACACAGAAGAGAAGUAUAUAAUGAAGUCAUUUAAUUUCUAUAUUUUUCCAAAACCCUUUAACAGAAGCUCACCAGAUAUCAAGUUUGUCUGUCAGAGUUCAAGUAUAGAUUUUUUAGCAAACCAAGGAUUUGAUUUUAAUAAAGUUUUUCGCAACGGAAUUCCGUAUUUAAAUCAGGAAGAAGAAAGACAGCUAAGGGAACAGUAUGAUGAAAAACGUUCUCAGGCCAAUGGUGCAGGAUCUCUCUCCUAUAUUUCUCCCAAUACCACAAAAUGUCCUGUCACAAUUCCUGAAGAUCAGAAAAAAUUCAUUGAGAAAGUAGUGGAACAGAUAGAAGAAUUGUUAAACAACGAAGAAAAUGAAAGUUUGGAACUGGAGCCAUGUACAGGAUUUCAGAGGAAAUUAAUUUAUCAGACCUUGAGCUGGAAGUAUCCAAAAGGUAUCCAUGUUGAAACUCUGGAGUCGGAUAAGAAGGAGAGAUAUAUUGUUAUUAGCAAGGUAGAUGAUGAAGAACGAAAAAGAAGAGAACAGCAGAAACAAGCAAAGGAACAGGAAGAACUGAAUGAUGCGGUAGGAUUUUCCAGAGUUGUUCAUGCUAUUGCAAAUUCUGGCAAGCUUGUUAUUGGGCACAACAUGCUGCUUGAUGUUAUGCAUACUAUACAUCAGUUCUAUUGUCCUCUUCCUGAUGACCUAAGUGAGUUCAAAGAAGUAACAUCAUGUGUCUUUCCCCGGCUAUUGGAUACUAAACUGAUGGCAAGUACACAACCUUUUAAGGAGAUCAUUAAUAAUACAUCCCUUGCAGAACUGGAAAAGCGUUUAAAAGAAGAUCCAUUCAGUCCUCCUAAAGUUGAAAGUGCAGAAGGAUUUCCAAGUUAUGAUACCUCUUCUGAACAGCUUCAUGAAGCAGGAUAUGAUGCUUACAUUACUGGACUGUGCUUCAUCUCCAUGGCUAAUUUUCUAGGUUCGUUCCUCAGUCCUCCAAAAAAUCAUGUGUCUGCUAGAUCAAAACUCAUAGAACCUUUUUUUAACAAGCUAUUUCUUAUGAGAGUAAUGGACAUUCCAUAUCUGAAUUUGGAAGGACCAGACUUGCAGCCUAAACGAGAUCAUGUUCUUCAUGUUACUUUUCCCAAAGAGUGGAAGACGAGUGACCUUUACCAGCUUUUUAGUGCCUUUGGUAACAUUCAGGUGUCGUGGAUUGAUGACACAUCAGCAUUUGUAUCAUUAAACCAGCCAGAACAAGUACAAAUAGCUGUAAACACCAGCAGGUAUGCUGAAAGUUAUAGGAUCCAGACAUAUGCUGAAUAUGUUGAGAAAAAACACGAAGAAAAACAGGCAAAGAGAAAAUGUACAGAAGAUAGUUGGAAGGAGAUGGAGAGAAAGCGGUUAAAAACUCAAUGCGCACCUUACGUUUCCCAGAGUCGAUACUACUGUGUUAACAGUUUUACAGGUACCAGUACAGUGGGAAAGAGAAGCAUGAGUCCUAUUCAGGAAGAAACUGGUUCUGAUGAUAUGGAAGAGGGAAAAGAUCCAGAAUACAACCAGACAGACUCCUGUGCAGAGCCCCUCCCAGAUAGUAAGAAGAGAGCCAAAAAGUUCAAAAAGAUCAAGGAAGAACAAGUUCCAGCAGGAAGCUUCACAAGUAGUUCCACUGAAAUUUUUGAAGUCCCUGAAACAUGGUAGGAAACAACUGCCUGAACAAGUGGAAUUGAUUGAAAGAAGUUGAGAGAACACACCUCCUGGAAGCCAUACUUUAUUUAAAUAAAGUGGUGUUAACAAAGCAGUAUGUGUCCUGAAAAUCAGUUUAAUUCUUUUAAACUGUUUACUGAACAAUCACUGUCAAUUUUACUUGUGCAUAUAUUAACUAGUAUAUGAUUCUGUUGUUGAUCAUGUGAAAUCCUUGCUGUUGUAAAUGUUAGAUCUUAAUGCAAAACUAAAUGUAUUUUGGUCACCUCCUUUGGCAUGCUGGCUAUGAAAUGUACAAAAAAAACUGGCACUCUGAUUUUGUGCUAGGCUGUCUCCUGUGCUUGAGGGGACUUACCACAAAUGUCCUAAUCUUUAGAUAUUUUUUCAAGCAAUGUCAGUAUGCUGUCAGUGUUCUUGAUACAGGUAGAACUGCAGUUUCACAUAUUUCUUUCUACCAGGUACUUUAUCUGGAUUUUUUUUACUUCUUCAUUCUCUACUGCCACCCUCCACUCCCAGUGCAGCCAGUGUUCCUCUAAAUACCAGCUUUACACAUACACAUAUAUCCUUUUAAAAUAAAUAAA